UUUGACUUUGACAGAUUUUAAAAUAUUUUAAUUUUUCACUUUUUAACUGUUUCAAGUAUCUACUUCUUCUUCUUCUUCUUCUUAAGACCUUCAAGAUGUAUGGAUACAACAAGUUGUUAGAUGCUGCCUUGAUUGGUUUGAUAUCAUUUUACUUAAUCAUUGCUCCAUUUACUAAGGUUGAAGAAUCAUUCAAUUUGCAAGCUAUUCAUGAUAUUCUUAAUUAUGGUAUCUUCCCCAAACAAACCAUUGAAGACAAUUAUGAUCAUAUCGUGUUUCCAGGGGCUGUUCCAAGAACUUUCGUCGGUAGUUUGGUAUUAGCUGGUAUUGUCAAAGUGAUCAAUACUGUUACUUCUGUGUUUGGUUACGAUUUAUUACAACAAUCAACUCAAAAUGAUUUACAAUUAGUGGUUAGAGCUGUAUUAGGUUUAUUGAAUGCAUUCCUGUUAAUUCAAAUCAGAGAAAGUAUCAAUAGUGUUACCUUCAGAGAUAGAAAAAGUAAAAUCAAAGGGUUAUUGGGAUUCUGGUAUCUGGUUUUAUUACUCAGUCAAUUCCAUAUUUUAUUUUAUUCAACCAGAACUUUACCAAAUUUCAUUGCUUUACCGAUUGUAAAUUUAGCCUUUAGUAAACUUCUCAAGGGUGAUAUUUCUGGUUUGACUUGGUUAGCCUUUUGUGGAGCUGUAUUCAGAUCUGAAAUUGGAUUAUUUGCCGUCAUUAUUGCUAUGGUUUCAUCUUUAAUCUUUGGUCAAUCAAAUAUUGUUAUCAAUGUAAUUAUGCUUGCUAGUGGGGCUGUCAUUGGUGGACUCUUAUCUUUUGUUGUUGAUUCUUAUUUCUGGGGUUAUUUAGUCGUUCCUGAACUUUCUGCUUUCCAAUUUAACGUCAUUUUAAAUAAAUCUGCUGCAUGGGGUGUUGAACCAUGGUCAGCUUAUUUCACAAAAUAUAUUUGGGGCUUAUUCAGACCUCCUGUUAUUCUUUUACUUUUACUUCCAGGUUUAGUUAAUGAUCCAGCUGAUGAUGGACAAAUCAUUUCAAAAGAUUCCUCUGAUAAGGAAAAAGAAACUGAAAAAGUUAUCCCUCAUCCUGCUAAAAACUCACUUAGAGUUUUAUUUGUUUCAUCUAUCUUAUUCAUCGUUGCAUUAUCUUUCCAAGGUCAUAAAGAAUGGAGAUUUAUUACUUAUAUUAUUCCAAUUUUCACUCUUCAAGCCGCCAAUGGUCUUGGUAACAUUGCUAUGAAAUGGAGUAUUAGUUGGUCUAGUAAAUUACUUGUUAUAAUCGCUGUAAUCAAUGUCGCAGUUGCCUUAGUAUUUUCAUUGUUUAUGGGAUACUUCUCCAGCUUCAAUUAUCCAGGAGCUGAUGCCUUACUUUUCGUUAAUCAAUAUAUUGAAUCCAAUCAAAAAGAACAAUCAAACACUUUAGUUCAUUUGGAUGUGGCAGCUUGUAUGACUGGUGUUUCAAGAUUUGGAGAAUUAAACUCUCAUUACAUCACUUAUGAUAAGACGGAAACUGAAGUUGAACUUGAAAAGAUUUGGAAUGAUAUUGAUAUCUUAGUAAGUGAAGAUUUAAUCGUAGGAUCUAAUCCAAAAUCGUUUGCCUUUGAUCAUACUAAUUGGGAAUUACUUCACAAAUCUCAAAUCUUCAGAGGUAUAACUAUUUAUCCAUUAUUAUACGUUAUCCAAAAAGAAAAGGACGAUUACUUUGGUUUUGCUCAAAAAAUUAUCACUGGUGAAGAAAGCUUACUUAAGUUAUUGAAUUUGUUAGUCAUCACUGAUGAUUAUUUAUAUGUUUACAAAAAGGCAAUCGAAGAAGGAGAAGUGAUUGAAGAUAAGCAAGAACCUGCUGAAGUAGAUGUCGACGAAGUGAUUGAAGAAAUCAAUGAACAGAUUGAUUCUGUUGUUGAAGAAAUCUUAAGUCAAGAAGAUUGAAAUUAAAAGUAUUUUUCUAUUUACA